UCCCGUAAUAGGUUUCCACAUACGUUGCUUCAACGAUAUAGAAUAGUGCGCAUGGAGGCGUUCCGCAGCGCCUUAACCACGGCCUUCUGCUUCUGAUUCUGCUUGUCACUAGGAGGGCCAUAUUACUUCUGUCACUUUGUCUUGUUUCUUUACUCUCUUCAAAGAGCAGGGCCUCGACUUUUUCACGUACGAAGAUAGUGCCUUGGCCAGCGCUACAGCUGUGCCUAUCUCUUCCGUUGUCGUCGCGGCUCGAAGAGAUUCGUGUGAUCUAUCGAUUUUGCCCUCCUCGAACAGAGAAAAACAACUGAGGUUAUGGUGCGACAUGGUACUGAGAUGGCACCACGCUAGAAAGGAGUACAUGUUCGAGUGGAGAGACUGGCCGCUGUGGGAAAACGAAGCAAUCGGACGAAAGCUAAGCAGUGAGGGGGCGAACGCUGUCGUCGAAGAAUUGGUUCGCACUGGCCACGCAGAGUGGAACGAUGCUGGAAAGUCCAUGGUGACUCUAAUGUGGCACAGCGCGGAAGAGAUUGCAGCCAAGCUGUUCGACUUCGUGAGGAAGCACGACAUGGUCGGCAGUGUUUUCACGGUGUACGAAUUACACCAAGGCGAUGAGGUGUUGGGGACGGAUUUUUUCGGGAUGGAUGAAGGGCUAUUCAGGAAAGCGCUGUCUGUCUUGGAGAGCCAAGAGCGAGUGGUUAUGUUCAAGGGGGCGACUUCGGAAGAGGAUGGAGUAAAGUUCUUAGGAUGAGUCUGCGCUUGAAAAGGUUUAUUCGAAGGAAGCACGGCUUGGGCACGGAAUCAAACCGUCUGUGCGCAAAGGAAACACGCUUUUGAGGAUAGGAUUUUUGAUAUACACACUACAAGUGAUCGUGUGCUUAGCGUUAAUGUUCUGGAAAUGCGUUGUCAAAGUAUGAAGACAAGUCCCGACAGAGGCACGACGAUGGAUGCCAUCGUCGCCUUUUACGUUCGCACCCAAAGCAUUGUACGAUUGUUUUUCUAACUUCUGGAUGUUUUUUUUCUCGCACGGCAGUUCGAGUUAACCGACCCCGUGCGAGCUUGAUGAUGAUGUGCGGAUAUCGGAAGAAUUGGUUCUACAUAUUUUGGAGUUUCACGCAAUCUGCAUGCGAAACCAUGGCAUUUGAGAUGCUUGGUGCAGAUCGGCGUGGAAUCUCCUUGUGGACUUCACUUGUGAAGCCGUUAGUGUGUUGAUUCGACCUCUCCUGAGUCAAUCCAUGCAUCCGUGCAACGGCUUGUCUUUCGAUUGCCUCGUUUAUGUCGUCAUGCGACACUUCAGUUGAUCAAAUAACUCCGUUCUUGCUUUUUGCUG